AAAAAAAAGAGAAUGAGAGAGAAGAAAGAUUAAAAAAAGCCUUCCUUUCUUUUGGUUUCCUCUUUUUUGUUUUGUGCCUUUUGCUUAUCCAUCUCUUAGCUAUGCUGCAUUUUAUCCAAUGUUGUUUUGAUAGAAGAAUUAUAUGAGAUGUCCUAAACAAUAAAAAAAAGAAUCAUAAAAAGAUUUUAUGACAAAGAUUGGACCAUGCCUUAAGUGCUUUUGGCUUUCAGAUAGCUUCAUCAGCAAUGACAGAGCCAAGGGCUGGGCAGCAGUGGCCCUAACUAUUCAAAAUUUAAGUUUUGUUCUCAUAGUUUCUGUAACGCUUACUUUUUAAAAUUUUCAAUAUUGCGAUCCUUAUAGUUUCUUUGUAACUCUCAGUUUGGCUCUUCUAAAAUUUCCUUUGAUCCUUUUAUCUCUCUUUACCAGGGGAUACGGAAUUAUAACCUGUUUAAGAAUACAAGAAAUUUUUUUUCAAUUUUCUGAUGGCUCCAAGCAAGAUUAGAAGAGCCCUUGGGGCUGUAAAGGACCAGACUAGCAUAGGGUUGGCCAAAGUUGGUAGCAGUAACUCACUAUCAGACCUUGAUGUGGCCAUCGUUAAGGCCACUAGGCAUGAAGAAUACCCAGCAGAGGAAAGGCAUGUCCGAGAAAUCUUAAGCUUAACAUCAUAUUCACGUGCGUACAUAAGUGCAUGUGUAAACACCCUUUCAAGGCGGCUUAAUAAGACUCGAAAUUGGACUGUUGCAUUAAAGACGCUUGUGUUGAUCCAACGCCUACUCGGGGAGGGAGAUCCGGCCUAUGAGCAAGAGAUCUUCUUCGCGACAAGGCGGGGGACUCGCCUUCUCAAUAUGUCCGAUUUCUGCGAUACUUCUCGAUCCAAUUCGUGGGACUACUCAGCAUUUGUGCGUACUUAUGCACUGUAUCUUGAUGAAAGGCUCGAGUACAGGAUGCAAGGACGUCGAGGGAGGCGAAGUGCAUUCGGAAUCGACGAAGACGAAGAAGCUACAGGAACAAUUUGUGUGAGGUCCACUCCUGUUCGUGAGAUGAAGACAGACCAUGUUUUUUCCAGGAUACAACAUUUGCAGCAGCUUCUUGAGCGUUUCUUGGCUUGUCGUCCAACAGGUGGAGCAAAGCAUAACAGAGUUGUAAUUGUUGCACUAUACCCAAUCGUGAAAGAAAGUUUCCAAUUAUAUUAUGACAUAACAGAGAUAUUGGGUAUCUUAAUUGAUCGUUUCAUGGAGCUAGAGAUUUCAGACUCUGUCAAAGUUUACGAUAUCUUCUGUCGUAUCUCCAAGCAAUUUGAGGAUCUCGAAAGUUUCUAUGGAUGGUGUAAGAUUAUUGGCAUUGGGCGCUCUUCAGAUUACCCAGAUGUUGAAAAAAUUACACCCAAAAAACUUGACCUUAUGGAUGAGUUUAUUAGGGACAAAUCUGCAUUGGCACAGACCAAACACGCUAUAACUUUUGAAGAAAUGAUCCAUGAAACUGAAGAAGGAUCUAAGCAAGUAGAAGAAAAUGAAGAUGACAUGACUAAGAUAAAGGCGCUACCACCACCUGAGGGCUUUCCUACUGAAGAAAUAGCAGAGGAAGAGGUAAAGGAAGGUGACAAGGAAGAAAAUAAUACAACAGAGGUUGAUUUGUUGAACCUAGGUGAGGAACUAGUGUCAACGGAAGAAUAUGGAACCCAGUUGGCUUUAGCCUUGUUUGAUGGUGGUGCACAACCAGGAGCUACAACUAGGCCACCAUGGGAGGCAUUCAAUGAUGAUUCAAAAUACUGGGAGACAACUUUGGUUCAAUCAGCAAGUCAUUUAUCCAAUCAAAAAGCAACUCUUGCUGGUGGUUUCGAUAUGAUGUUGCUUGAUGGCAUGUAUCAGCAAGGGGCAACAAAUGCAGCAACGUCUGCUAUAGGCUAUGGAGGUAGUGGAAGUGCUAGUAGCGUUGCCCUUGAAUCAACGGGAAGGCCUACAAUGUUAGCAUUGCCACCUCCGCCGACACAAGAUGGCAAUAAUACAGUACUGCCUAAUGCAGACCCAUUUGCGGCUUCACUCGUAGUUGCACCACCGCCAUAUGUCCAGAUGUCGGACAUGGAAAAGAAGCAAAAGCUAUUAGUGGAGGAGCAACUCAUGUGGCAACAAUAUGCGAGGGAUGGGAUGCAAGGACAAGUUGGAAUAACAAAGUUACAGCCUAAUUCUUAUAAUAUGGGGGGUUACACUAGUGGAUACUGAAGAUUUAUAGGGUUCAUGUGAUAUUUUCAUUUUUCCCCUACUACUAAGAUAACUUUUGUAAUUAUUUAACUAUAAGUUUUCAAACUUUUCUUUAGUUAAUGUUCAAAGAUUUACUUAGAAUU